GCUUCUAGCGCAACACAACCUGCCCUAUCCUUGGGCAAGCCUCCGCAAGCUUCUGAGGGCGACACAUCCGAAGGGCCUCUGGCGGCAAACGAGGACAUCAAGGAGGUUCCGGGAGAGCAAACUGACGAGCACGUCCUCCCGGGCGAAGGCCCUUCUGCCAGCAGAGCUGCAGGCUCUGUGGCUGCCCGGGUGCCUCGGGCCCGGGCCGCGGGGCGUCUCCGCGACGUGGCGACCCAUGAGGCGACACUUCACACCGGCGGGACGGCUGAGGAGGCGGAAGAACCAGAUGUUGCGGCAGAGAGCCUCCAGGCAACUCUUCCUCGAAGCACGCAGUCUCAGCAGGCCCUGGUCCCCCAGCUGACCCUGGAGGGCCAAGAGAUCAGCGAAAAGGCACUGGAGUGCAUCGCCAGCUGCAGCGGGGCUCAGCCGCGGCUCAUCGUGCCGUACCAGCCGAACCAGGGGAUUGCCAUUUGA